AUGACGGCCUCUAAUGGACCCAACGGCAUCAAAACUCCCGAUUUUCCGCCCGGCGUCCAACGUCUCCCUGCCACCGCUCCCCCAGAGCAUUUCAUUGCGCUUUUGAAGCGCGACGGCGGCGUCAUUGCUGAGAACUUUGUACCUCUUGAAGUCAUUGACAAAUGUAAUGCCGACAUCAAGCCAAAGCUCGAUGCCGAGCAACGCUGGAAUGGUGACUUCUUUCCCAAAGAGACGAGGAAGUGCACCUCUUUGAUUGCCAACAGCACGACCUACACGACUGAGCUGCUGAUGCACCCUCUCUACCAAGCCAUCUGCGACCACUUUCUCACCACUCGCAACUCGUUCUGGUGGGGCGACAAGUGGAAGGAGUCUGUAUCCAAGCCUCAGGCUCACACCGGUGCUGCCAUGUACAUCGGCCCUGGGGCCAAGGCCCAGCCUCUUCACCGUGAUGAUUACCUCCAUCACAAUGUCCACACCGAGGUUCCCGCUCCGUGGGACGAUGAGCGCGACAAGAACCGCGAAAGCGCCGUCGGUCUCUUUGUUGCUGGGACAAACACCAACAAGGCAAACGGCGCGACCCGCUUCAUUCCAGGCUCUCACCUCUGGGGCAACUACGAGCGCAAGAGCCCCCCCGAUGAGUCCAAAACUGUCCACGCCGAGCUGAAUAAGGGUGAUGCCUUCUUCAUGUUCGCUUCCUGCUUCCACGGCGGCUCUGCAAACACCACCACCGAUAGCUACCGUCUCGUUUACAGCACAUUCGUCACUCGUGGGUGGUUGCGACAGGAAGACAACAUGUACCUUGCCAUCCCUCGCGAUGUGCUCAUGAGGUAUCCGCGCCACAUCCAGCGCUUCAUCGGAUAUUCAUGCUCUGACCCUGGCUGCGGAUUGGUUGACGAUCUCGAUCCGAUGUAUACUUUGUACCCUGAGGAGCUCAAGACUGCUGUGCCGACCGAUUAUUAG